AUGAUCGAAUACUUUAAAAGUUUAGUAAGAUCUAUUUUAGCCAAAAUUUCAUUUGGCAAGAAAAAUAAUUCUCGAAAUUCACGUUGGUCAUCAUCAUUGAUAAUUAAAGUGAACGAUUUUGAUAGGAAAACUCGAAUGUCAAAAUCACAACAACAUAAUCGGAUAUUUCCGAAUCAAAAUAUCCGUAGCAAUGGUAUUGCCAUCGGCGAUCAUAAUCAUCCAUAUCGAACAUGGUAUCAUAAUACAAUAGAUCCAUCAAAAUUACGACAUGAUCGUACGGCAAUAUUUCGUGGUUCACAAUCGACAAUGGAUUUUAAAUAUUUUCAUGAUUAUCUUUGGCAAUUUGAAUCAAUGGCACGUCUAAUUGGCUGUAAUCUUUUUGAACGUGAAUUCAUACCAAAAGAUGGUGGCCCAUUAAAAACUAUUGAAGAUUGUGUUGAUCGUAUUAAUAUUCGUGUCAUAAAUGAUUCGAAACGAUUUACAAUCAUUUUCUGGCGUUUAUUUCUUAUCAUUAUGUUAAUCAAACAGAUUAUCUGUAUUGGUUGGGUUGUUUAUCGUGGUAAUCAACUUGAUGACCAAAAUGAUCAAUUGAUUAGUAUUUAUAUAAGUGAUUUGGUCAUAUUAUUCGGUCCACAUUUAGAUCGUUUAGCAUUGCAUUUGUUUAUAUUUUGUUGGAAUGCAAAUGCAACAUUUUGUUAUUUUUGGAUCACAAGAAAACGUAAUCAUAUGCGAAAAUGGUUAAUAAAUUUUGAUUGUUUAUAUACGGAAACAUCAUAUUAUGUUAAUAAAAAUAUUGAACCAGAAUUUCGUCGACGUAUGAUAUCGGCAUUAUGGUGGGCACGUUUAUUCAUCAAAACAUCGGUUAUCGGUAUAACAAUAACGACAAUUGUAGUAAUGUUGGUUUCAUUACAAAUGGAACUAAGCAAACAAUUAUUUAAUGAUGAAAAAUAUGGUCAAAUAGCAUUUAUAAUGAAUUUAUUUUGGUUUACCGUAACAAUCAUACAAGGUUGGUUAACAAUGAUAAUCAAUUGGACAGCAUUAGGUCAUCAUUAUCUAAUAUGUCAUGCAAUACAUAUUCGUUAUGAUGAAAUUAAACGUGAUCUUGAAUAUGCUGUAUUAAGUGAUCGUGCUUCACAUACAAAACCGGAACAAUUAAGUGGUCUAAUUAUAAAACAUUAUAAUAUUGGUGAAAUGGUUAAACAUGCAAAUAAACAUCUUAAAUAUUAUCUAUUUGUAUUCUAUAUAAUAUUUGCACCACAUAUUUGUUUUGUAUUUUAUCAGAUAUUAUUUUCAUCACAAUAUACUACUGAAGGUAGAUUAUUAUUAGCAGCAACAAUGAUUUUUGGUGAUCUAUUUCAGGUUUAUUGUGUUUCGGUAUUAUCGGCACAGAUUACAACCAAAGCACAUGAACCAUAUUAUGCAAUGCAUGGUGUUAAUAAAUUUGAUAAUCUACCUGAAAGCGUUCAAUUACAAUCAACAUUAUUUAUGCAACGUAUAUCGAAUACAACAACAGGUUUAACAAUAAUGGAUUCAUUUGUAUUGACUGGUGGUCUUAUUUCAAGUAUGCUGACGGCAAUAAUUACCUAUUUUUCUGUCAUUCUUGAAGGUUCAUAAAAAAAAAAUUUUGGAUUCCAUUUUUU